AUGUUCUAUGAAAGGGUUCAGAUGCAACAGAGGAGAUUGAGGGAGUAUUGUAAGAGCGUAAACAUUCAUGUUUCUGCAUUCUCACCAUUAGGAGGACCAGGAAAUUCAUGGGGAUCAAACAAUGUCUUAGAUAAUCCUGUAAUUAAAGAGAUUGCCAAUAAACAUUUCAAAACUCCCGCUCAGGUGGUCUUGCGCUGGGGAAUAGAGAACGGUGUAAGUGUGAUGACUAAAAGUUUCAAUCCUACCAGAAUAUCAGAAAACUUCCAAGUAUUCAACUGGAAAUUAGAUGAAGAAGAUCAUGAGAAGAUCAAUAAUAUAAGACAACAACAAAUAGAGUUUUUCGAGAAUUUUUUGUGAAUCCAAUCAAUGGUCCAUUUAAAACAGCUGAGGAACUUUUGGAUGGUGAGAUCUAAAGAUAUAUGAAUGAUAUAUCCUUCUAUGUAAUUAUUUAUGAAUUUUUUAACGAAAUAUCCUAAAGUGCUGUUAUUAGCUAUUGCCUACAAAGGAUAUGAAAUACUUAGCCUCAAAUGAAUAGUUAAAAAACAUUUCAUUUGUGUUGGUUGACA